AUGAACUAUUCGAGAGAUCCUCCACCACCUUACGAAAGUGCUGCUAAUACCCAUUCAGCGCCUUAUCCCAAUAUUGGGUUUGCAGUUGGACCGUACUCUGAGCCUGCAGGAUAUCAGGAUAAUUCAUCUGAUCAGGAGCCAAAAUAUAAUCGCAAUGGAAAUUUUACCAGUUUACAAUAUUCUGACAAAUAUGUUAGACAUGCUUUCAUUCGAAAGGUCUAUCUAAUUUUAACAGCUCAGCUGUUAGUAACUUCAGCAUUUGUUUGCGUCUUUCUGUUUUCAUCGCCUGUAAAAAAAUGGGUUUCAAGAAAUUCAUGGUUUUAUUAUUUGUCCUAUGCUACAUUUUUGUGCACUUAUAUUGCAUUGGUUUGUUGUCCCAGUGUAAGACGACGAUAUCCUGGAAACGUUAUCGCUUUAUCUGUUUUUACACUUGCAUUUUCUUAUAUGACUGGUACAGUUGCAUCAUUUUAUGAUACACAAUCUGUUCUAAUUGCUGUUAUUAUAACAGCUUGUCUAUGUAUAGCAAUUUCUAUUUUUGCUAUACAAACACGAAUUGAUAUUACAAAAUGUACUUCUUUAAUAUUUGUAUUAACUAUUGUGGUAAUGUUAACUGGACUUGCUUGUGUCAUUGUUUUUGCUGUAUCCAAACCGAAUUGGAUUUUGCAAGUCGUUUAUGGUGGACUCGCAGCCCUGUUGUUUGGUGUGUAUUUGGCUUUUGAUACACAACAUAUAAUGGGUGGACGUGAGUUGGAACUUAGCGCAGAAGAGUAUAUAUUCGGGGCUUUACAAUUAUACUUGGAUGUUGUCAAUUUAUUCUUAAUUAUUCUAUCAUUUUUUGGUAAUAGAGAUUCAUAA